GACAUGGAGGUGCAGCGCUCAAUAAGGUGUUCUCAGGAGAGGAAGAAAAAUGUUGCACUAAAGACCGAGUCGCUGAUGUUGAGAGGGAAAGCGUAAACGUCCGACUGAGUUGAGGAUGAAUAGCCGCGCGCAGCAGGGGAGUAAAGAGCUACAACUAGAAGAUGGAGAGAGAGAGACCCAAAACAAGAAAUGACGAUCGUUUUUUUUUUGCGAGUGUGAGUUGUUCUUACAACUGUGAUACUAAGGUAUAAUUCUUCUAAGUAGCUAGAGCCCUUUUAGGUACUUCCUUUUACGUUCCUGAUGUGCUCACUUUCUUGUUAUUCUUUUGUACGCAGCUGUUGACAUUUACCCACGUCGAGGCGCGUUAUUGUUGUACUUCAUGGUGAUUUGAUGGUGCUUGAGCCAAAUACUUCUAACAUCAAUGAAUGAGUCGGAGUCCCUACAUGACCAGAGUCGGAGUCCCUACAUGACCAGACAUAUCUACUCAGGAGUGUGAAUCGUUAGCGUCGUCAUAUAUUUUUGGAUAGAAGGCGUCAAUACGAAUAGAUAGAAAGAAGUACAGAAGAGCUAGAAGUUGGUACAGAUAUCGGAGAUUAGAGAGAUCUAGUCUUUGAAGCUUCCAGAAACAACAAGAUGUCGUUCGAAUCUGCUGACACGCAAAAAGAGGAGUUCAGGAAGUACUGCUACUAAAACUACAACAUCUUCAACAGUGCUUUUGUUAUUUUGUACUACGUACAGUUCUUCAUCUUGCUGUGGAUGACGUUCCUUUGUUGUGGUUGUACUCUUUCUUGCACUAGAAGUUGUCACAAAAAUCAUAGUACUUUCUUAACCAGGUACCUCGAAGCGAAUGGUGUGAUUUCACAGCUUACCAAGGUCCUAGUUGGGCUCUACGAGGAGCCAGAGCGACCAGCCAAUGCAAUCGACUAUAUCAAGAAAUAUCUUGGAGCACCGACAGGUAAUAUUAAGUGUACGUGAACCAACACUCGUGGAGGUCUCAACUUCGAUUUCUUCAACGACAGUACAACUAUGAAGAAUCCCCCCAUUUAGACUUGGUAGCUACAACGAACUCUUCAAGUAUUCUUGUUCUGAUGCUUAUUCAUUGUUCUACUUAACGACCUUAGUCUCCAUAGUGCUCGAGACUCAGUAUCUGAAUAUUGUUUGAUUAUGUGUAGGACUAGUACUCGAGACUCUUGCUACAAUUUAUUAUCCAAGUCUUUAUAUAAUUUCAACAAGGUGUCGACGUAGAGGAGUUGCGUGCGGAGAAUGAGGAGUUAAAACAGAGAAAUGAGGAAUUGCAAAAGCGCCUGGACGAACUGGUUAACCAACUGGAUGCCUUGAAAGCUGAAGCAGAGGAUGAAUGA